CACGGGCACAGUGUGAGCCUAGUUCCGCUAAUGAGUCGCGCUGAUGUACAAUAACUCACUUCUCCACGUCGCAUCGAAGCUCUGAGCUUUGCAAAUCUAUGCGCUCACUAGGACACAGACGUCAUCCGCUCAAAUCCGGACUAAAUUGUGUACAUACGGGAUUUCCAAAGCAAAUGUGUUAAUUUUGGUCGGUCGAGAGGUCGGACUAAUACAUUUUUUUUGUCGGAAAGCAAUGAUUUAUCGACUACCCACUUCAAACUGUAUGAACUGUCAUUGAACAACAUCGCGUAUGCAAAUAUUGAACCCAUUAUCUCAACUGUGUACACGCUAGAUUUGAGCAUACAUAUGCGUGUCCAAAGCAGCGGGAACAGCGAGCGUUAAUCGCCCGGCCGUCUCAUCGUAUGGUUUCCUACCGACGUUGGACGUCUUCACUCCGGGACGCCUAUGUCAACGAUGUUGCCCCAUCGGUGCUACACACUGCUUUUGCAUGUAGUUCUCUGGUGCUGGCAAUUACAGGAAUCAAUACAAUUAGCGACAAGUCUCGACGACCAGUUCGAAGCAUACGUUGACGAUCCGGAUCAUGCCAUUGGAAACUUACCAGUCAUACGCAAGCUUCAAUUGUAUUCUCGACCGUUCGCCCACCAUGUAAGGAUUUUCGGAAACAGAAAAGUAGACGCAAAAGGGGAGAAUGGAGAUAUUUACGCUAGAUUAAUUAUAGAAACAGAGACAUUUAGUAAAGUUACUAUAAGAGGAGAAGAAAGUAAAUUUUAUUUAUGUAUGAACAGCAAGGGGAAAGCUGUCGGUAGGCCAAAAAAGUCAGGAGGAAGAUCUUACAGUUGCAUAUUUAAGGAAUCUAUUUCUGACAACGGUUACACAGAGUAUGAAUCGGUUCGUUACGAAGGCUGGUUUCUCAGUUUUGGCAGAGACGGCAAGACUAAAAGUGCACUUCGAACCUCUUCAUUAAAAAAAGCGGUACAAUUUAUGAAACGCGAACUACCGGAAGUUGAAAGGACUAGCAAUGACGACAAACAGUAUGAACGAUAUUUUAGGACAAAUGUUUCACAAGGCACGGAUAAAAAACGGUAGCCUUGAUAAUUACGUAGAAAUCUAUUCUAGAUGAUAGCGUAAAGGCGCUACGUCAAAUUCAAGGACCUUGUGAUGGAUUUGUGGUGGAAACGUGAAGACGGAAAAUAACUUCAACUCUAUAUGUGAACUCACCAACUGAUACGCAUGCGUCGUUGGAAUUAUUUACUUCAUCAUCGCCAUCGUUGUUGUCGUCGGCCAUCUUCCUUGUUUAUGAAGUGCGUCUGCUCUAGUCGUCGCCAUGGUGAAAUAUCCAUGUAAAUCUAUGAUUUCAGUAUUUUUAUAUGAACUGUGUAAUUUAUAUGCCAAAAACUGGAAAAUACUUAAGAGAUGUUUUAUAUAUUUAAAUAUAUUAUUUAUUGUGCCAAGUCUAAUACUGACUGUAUUUAAGCUUCGACAGAAGUCCCAUAAAUGAGAGUCUCCAUUUAUUUGGGACAAAUUUCAUGAAUUUAUUCAUUCAUUGUCUCCAACAAGUGUUUAAAUGUUUAAAGUAUUAUUUGUAUAGUGUGUAGAGGAUAUAUUGACAAGCGCCAGCUUAAAUAUAAUAUUCAUGUUUAGUGGCCUAAACCGUAUUUACGUCACGAAAUUUUUUUCCAUUUUCUCGGACCAGGGUUUUGAAUAAAUAUACAACAUUCAGUAGGUA